UUUUAACCACUGCCUUUGUUCAGUGUCCACCUUUGCAACUUGAAACCUACCUAUGCGAAGUUUUAAUGCAGCAACGGGUAAAUGCCCCCACAGUGCUCAGUUCUGUGGCAAUGGUACGUAACACAGAGCAAUGGUCCCACAAUGACGUGAAACACAGAUCACUCUCCACCACUUAGCUGUAACGAGAAGCGUCUGCUGGAGCAGUCAUUUUUC